AUGAGAAAAGAAGGAGUUCUAGCAAAGGUAUUUUUGAGUAUUAUUGGGAUUUGGGUUGUGCUAACAGGGUAUAAACUAGCGCGAAGAAAGUAUCUGCAAAGCACUCAACUCAAAGCCCGCAGAACCGGAGAGUGGGAUAGCUUCUAUAACAUGCCUAAAACCAAAGAAGAGAGAAAAACUGAGCUUGGACGAGGCACAUGGGCCCUAAUACACACAAUUGCUGCAAAAUAUCCACCGUACCCAACCAGAGAGCACCAGGCCAAUGUACUUAAGUUUAUCGAUCUGCUGACAAAGAUCUUUCCCUGCGAGGACUGCAGAGGACACUUUAAGAACCUAGUUGAGACAUUUCCUCCAAAGGUCUCUGGGCGCGCAGAGUUUGGGGGCUGGGCCUGCCAGGCACACAACAUCGUGAAUAAAAGACUCGGCAAACAGGAGUUUGACUGCACCCGGCUAGAUGACCGGUGGGACUGUGGAUGCAAAUAA